GAAGCCCAACACCAGGUUGUAGAGGAUGGAUUUUGACGAGCGAGUCCCCGUCGGAUCGAACAUGUAUUUGCCCAGUUGUACUUAUUACGUCUCGGCGGGGGCAGAUUUCUCGGGUCUUCCCUCGUUCCUGUCCCAAACCCCGUCCACCCGCCCCAUGACUUACUCCUACUCGUCCAACCUGCCGCAGCCGGUCAGGGAGGUGACGUUCCGGGAGUACGCGGCCAUUGACGCGUCCGGUAAAUGGCCGCACCGGGGCAACCUUGCCCAGUGCUACCCCGCUGCUGAGGACAUGGUGCACCGGGACUGUCUGUCGGCGCAGUCCGCCGCCGUCGACAUGUUCGGCAAAAGCAGCCCGGCGGCGGCAGCAGCAGCAGCUUUCCACCCGCACCACCACCACCACCACCACGCCAGCUCCGCCGGUGCCGCCGCCGCCGCCGCUGCCGCCGCCUCCAACUUCUACGGCUCCGUGGGCAGGAACGGGGUCCUGCCGCAAGCCUUCGACCAGUUCUACGAGACCGCGUACGGAAACGCGUCAGAGAACUCGUCCGCCAGUGGGUUCUCUGCGGAGAAGAGCGCGGCCAAACAAAGCAGCUCCGCGCCGGAGGACGCGCCCUCUUGCCGGGACAGCGAGACCAAGGAGAGCCGGGAGGAGAGCAGCAGCCCCGAGUCGUGUCCCGGUGCCACUGAGGAGAAAUCCAGCAGCAGUGGUCAGCGCACACGCAAGAAAAGAUGCCCUUAUUCCAAAUACCAGAUCCGAGAACUUGAACGAGAAUUCUUUUUCAGCGUUUACAUAAACAAGGAGAAGCGUCUCCAACUGUCCCGGAUGCUCAAUCUCACCGAUCGACAAGUCAAGAUCUGGUUCCAGAACCGACGCAUGAAGGAGAAGAAACUGAACAGAGACAGAUUACAGUAUUACACCUCCAAUCCUUUACUCUGAGAAGAAGAAGAUGGGGUGGUCUUCACGUUUACAUGAUCUCUGAGCUGCUCAUCGACAUCCACGCGCUCAAGUGGUUCGUUUCAAGUUCGAGGAAGAGACUUGUUGGAUGAGACUCUUAAUCAAAAAAAAAAAAAAAAAAAAAAAAAAAACUUCUUCUCCAAAAACACGGAGAAGAUUGCGGUCACGCUCGACCCAGGUGUAUUUUGUAAUCAAAAACUAUGAGUAUUAUUGACAUUUUUUUUGCUGUUUCAAACCAGAAAAAAGGAGGUUGGUAAUAAUUAAGCUUCAAUACGAGUAUUGGUGUGACCAAAUAAUGAAAGAAUGUAUUGUGUUUUUUGCGUGCUUAUUUAUUUUGUAGCCAUUUGUUUACCACCGCGUAUAUAAUGUCAAAAGUCCAAUUCCUUAUUGAAAAGACUUUGCCACAGAUUUUAUAUUUUGUGUAUCAUGUGCUGAUUCAUGUGUGGAGACAUGUCGUCAACAUCGUUCAGCUCCAUUUUCAGAAUAUUCACAGGGUUUUAAUUGUCGAAUACUUGCGCGGAAU